CGCUCUCCGGCAAGCCGGAGUCUCCGUGCAGUACCCUCGGUCCCCGGCCGCGCGGAGCCGGGAUGCACUGCCUCUGCUGUGGGUCCUCAUCAUGGAGACCAAACGGGUGGAGAUUCCCGGCAGCGUCCUGGACGAUCUCUGCAGCCGAUUUAUUUUGCAUAUUCCCAGCGAGGAAAGAGACAAUGCAAUCCGAGUGUGUUUUCAGAUUGAACUUGCCCAUUGGUUUUACUUGGAUUUCUACAUACAGAACACACCAGGAUUACCUCAGUGUGGGAUAAGAGACUUUGCUAAAGCCGUCUUCAGUCAUUGUCCAUUUUUGCUGCCUCAAGGUGAAGAUGUGGAAAAAGUUUUGGAUGAAUGGAAGGAAUAUAAAAUGGGAGUACCAACAUAUGGUGCAAUUAUUCUUGAUGAGACACUUGAAAAUGUACUACUGGUUCAGGGGUACCUAGCAAAAUCAGGCUGGGGAUUUCCAAAAGGAAAAGUAAAUAAAGAAGAAGCUCCUCAUGAUUGUGCUGCUAGGGAGGUCUUUGAAGAAACUGGUUUUGAUAUCAAAGACUAUAUUUGUAAGGAUGAUUACAUUGAACUUCGAAUCAAUGACCAGCUUGCUCGUUUGUACAUCAUUCCAGGAAUUCCAAAAGACACAAAAUUUAACCCGAAAACCAGAAGAGAAAUUCGGAACAUUGAGUGGUUCUCCAUUGAGAAAUUGCCCUGUCAUAGAAAUGAUAUGACCCCAAAAUCCAAACUUGGUUUGGCGCCUAACAAAUUUUUUAUGGCCAUUCCCUUUAUCAGACCAUUAAGGGACUGGCUUUCUCGAAGAUUUGGAGAUUCUUCAGACAGUGACAAUGGAUUUUCCUCAGUUGGUAGCACACCAGCUAAACCCACUGUGGAAAAAUUGAGUCGAACCAAAUUUCGCCACAGUCAGCAGUUAUUUCCUGAAGGUUCUCCUGGUGACCAGUGGGUAAAGCACAGGCAACCACUACAGCAAAAGCUAUAUAAUAAUCAUUCUGAAAUGUCCGACCUUUUAAAAACAAAGAAUCAAAGUAUGAGGGGAAAUGGCAGAAAACAGUAUCAAGACUCACCUAAUCAAAAGAAAAGAACAAACGGGGUCCACAGUCAGCCAGCAAAGCAGCAAAAUCCCUUGAUGAAAUGUGAAAAGAAACUUCAUCCACGAAAACUUCAGGAUAAUUUUGAAACAGAUGCUGUGUGUGAUUUACCUUGCUCCGGUGAAGACCAGUUGCUAGAGCAUGCCGAGGGACAGUCUGUGGCAUGUAAUGGACAUUGCAAGUUUCCGUUUUCAUCCAGAGCCUUUUUGAGUUUCAAGUUUGAUCAUAAUGCUAUAAUGAAAAUCUUGGACCUUUGAUAAUAGCAGGUGUGUUGUAGAAGUCCCAAGAUCAGAGACUUGUUGCAUUUGAGUGGGUGUCUCCUCAAGCCUUACCUUUCUCAGGAGUUUUAAAGAAAUGCAGGGAGGCAAUGUUUCUGAAGAGAUUUUCUGUGCAAAAGAGACAGUAGAAAGAAAUAUGAGUUUGCACUGAAAAUGCAGUUACAACCUUUUAUCAGAUUUACCCUUUCAGUGUUUGGUAUGAGUUUAAGUUGCUUUUUUUGAGGGCAUUUAUUCUGUGUGACUGGCUUUUUGUAUUUUGGUCAAGAAAAUAGUGUUUGAGUUAUCAUCAAGUAUCCCAAGUUAAUGAUAAUGCUCCCAACUACCCAUUACUGUGAUUGUAAUAAUAGUUUACUUAUAAAAAAGAAACUUUAAAAAUACUCAAUUAUUAAGUGAACAUAAGAGCUGAACUGUCACAGACAUGAAGAUUACAGGUCAUCUGCUUUGGUGGCAUUUUGCUCAUUUCUCUGCUUCUAACCACUGAGACUCUCUAAUCCUUCUCUGUGUAGAGUUUGAGAACGUUAAUUUAGAGCCAGCUUCUGCAAUGUAAUGUUCAUGUUCAAAAUGAACUCUUAGCACUUCAUAAGGACAAAGUCUGCAGCCUGGAGAGGGAUUGAAUUGGUGAGAAGUUGAUGCUGUUAUUUUGAGUUGUGCUGCAUGCAGUCAGUAAACCUGUGAAAAUGCUGGAGAGAGGGUAGCAGAGAACGUGAAGGCCGGGACCUGGCAAUUACUUUGGGCCAUGUCUUUACCAUCCUGCCUCCGACUGUUUAGUAUUGUACAGUGGUUUUGUUCUUCUGGAAAUUUCCUCUAUAUUCCAGUUGGUGUAAAUAUGUAUGGGAAACUGACAUUAUUAGGUUUUACAUUGCAUCUCAGUGUUGACCUAUGGAAACUGAUGUUGUAUUAGGUUCCAAUUUGCAGUAGUAGCAGAGACUGACUUGCUUUUAUUGGCAUACUGAAGCCCCUGGAUGAUGGAGUGAGAAGGGAAGGGUAUGCCGUUUGCCCAGGUACAAGUAAAGCAUUUCACUAGGGGAGGAUCAGAACAUGAAAGUAACAUUACAUAAUUCACUCUUAGGAAUGUAUUUUGCUCUUUUAGGAUUAUUAAAUCCACAGAAGGAUGGCAGGGCCCAUUUUAAGGAUUUCAGCUAUAAUUGAGGACAAUCACCAGGGCUUUUAGGGGGCUUUAGUGUAUUGGCUGCAUCUGACCUCAUUGAAGGUAUUUCGGGGGUGGGGAGGGAUGUCUGAGUAUGUUUUGUGUGCGUGUAUCUGUCAUAUGCGUUUUUAAAAUCUUUUUUUACAAGUGGUAUCCACAAA